AUGAGCGCGCCAACAUCCCAUCUAUCCCUUCCGCACUUCCUCAAACUUGCUCUCGCCGAGAACGGGUACCACACCGUAACGGACCUCGAGGGCUCCAGCCCGGCGGACUUGGCUGCUGAACUAGGCAUUGGACUUGUGCAGGCCCAGGAUGUACUCAGGCAAGCUGCUUCUUUAGCUGCCGGGCCGUCACGGCCCUCCUCUCGGCCCUCCUCCCCUACCCGGCCCCAAACAGCCGCCGACCUCCUCCACGCUGGCCCUGGCCCGCGCCUCUCAACCCUCUCCGGUGCACUCGACGGCCUCCUAGCCCAUUACUCACCCCUCCAUCUCGAGCCUCACCCGCAUAACCUGAAAGGUAAGGAGCGCGCACUAGUAGGCGCAGUCGUACCGGGGAUGGUGCUCGAGAUCUCGGGUCCGCCGGGGUCGGGGAAGAGCGUAGUGGCACUGAGUAUGGCUCUAAGUGGGGCAGUUGAGGGCACUGCCGCCCUCGUUAUCGACACGGAGGGCGCGAUGACGGCACAGCGUAUCGAAGCGGCCGCAAGAGCCUUCCUCGAUUCCCUCCCUGAACCUGGAAGUACAGUCGAGGAGAUACUAGGGCGCAUACAUGUCAUGCGCGUUGCGACGCAGGUGCAAAUGGUCGCUGUGCUGCACACCCUUGACGGCUGGCUCGAGAGUCAUCCUGCCGUCAAGCUCCUUGUCAUCGACACACUGAGCUACCACUUCAGGCAACCGAGUCUGGAACUGUCUGUCCGCAAGCGGAUCAUGGAACUGAUCAAGCUGAGUGUCGGCAAGGCCGCGACGGUGCGGGGAUGUGCGGUGAUUGCGACGUGCCAGAUGGCGACCAAGUUGCUCACCGCUGAGAACAAGCGGGCAACUUUUGAGACGGGCGAGCGCGCCGUGCUCAUGCCCUCGCUUGGCGAUGCGUGGACAACAGAGCGGACAGUGCGCGUGGCACUGUUUCGCGGACGCGCUGGCGACGACCUACGAUACGCGCACGCUUCGACGACUUCUACCCCGGGGAGCAGCCACAGAAGCGAUCCACCAUGGGCGUCGUUCGACAUCGACACGUCCGGGCUACCUUGCGACAUGCCGCCUGCGCCCACCGACGACGACGUCUGA